UCUUAUCCUCCAGUCCGUCUCUAUCACUCUCCACCCGCACAGGACGAGGAAGAGAUAUGUUCAAUUUCGUCUUCAUGGUGACUUUAGGGAUAGUGAUUGUUACGAAAGUUCAGGGGAACGAUGUCGCAACCUCAUAUGGGGGAGAGAGGAUGGAAAAGAAAAAGAAAAGUGGAGAUGGAAGAAGAAUUGAAGGAGGGAGAGGAACAAAUGAAGGAAGAUUUCUCUACAUCAGUGUUUUCUCCAGUCGCAGGGAGGUGGAGGUGGAGCUGAAUGGAGUGAAGAUGGUAUGGGAGAGGGAUCCGCCCAUUCACCCGUGGCAGACAAGCCGCGGCAUGACAGAGUUGGAGAAGAAUGGCGCUGCUCUGUUUGUGUCUGUGUACAGUUUGUUGGACGGACACUUGCUGAUGAAAAGAACAUUCAACCUCUACAAGUAUGCCCACGACCUUUCUCUUCCACCAACCCUCGCCUCCAUAUCACCUGGUCGACUGCUCAUCAUGGCCGUUAAGACAGAUGCUGCUCUCAACAUGCCAAGAUCCACCUGUCGCUUAUUUUAUGAGCUAGGCGCUACCAGAGCACACCUCUUACCUGUCAGAGGAUAUUUAGCAUGGGUGCUAAUUACUGGAGGGCAGACAUGGGGGGAGGCGGUCUCCUUCCAACCCCAAACAAUCUCCCGCGUAAGUCAAAGCCCUGUGAAGAGACAAAUUAACAAACAGAUGAAGGAACUGAACGAGAAGGACACACGUUUCCGACAAGAGGACUGUUCAACAGAAGCUUCGAGACAUUCCUGUAAUAAUCAGGACCUCGUAUGUGAACAAAGCAUGAUGGAAACCUCUCCAGAAUUUUCUUCACCUGUUCAUAUGGAAGUGCUCUUGCCACUACUUGAUGAAGACUGCUGGGGCAGAAGGGAGGGCAGGGAGAGGAGCAGAGUAUUGUUUUGCAGGAAAUAUGAAGGUUAUGGUGAUCUCUGUAAUUGUGCCAACCCCGCCCCCCUGGACUACCCUGAGAGAAAGCUUGAGAACAGCAUCAUAGAGGAUGUUCCUGUGGGUGUUGCAGCCAGGUCGAGGCCUCAGGACCUUUACAAGUGUUUGGUGACGGUGUUGCGGCAGCCGGGGGCCAGCAGGCGGCGCCUGUUAGUGGUGAGGGAUGGUGAGGAGGAGGAAAUGACGGAGCUGCUACAGUUGUUACAGGUAAAGUACGUCAUCAAUCAACAAUUGGAAGGACGCAUGUUUCCUUCACCGGGAGUAAGAAUUUCUCUGCACAUCCGCUUCGUCCUCCACUCCCUUUUUCACGUGGCUUUUCCUUCCUCUUCCAAGGCCAUCAUUUUGGAAGAAGAUCUUCUUCUCGCUCCUGACUUCUUCAGCUACUUCAACCAGACCUCCUGGCUUCUGGACGCUGACCCAAGCCUAUACUGCGUGAGUGCCUGGAAUGAUCUGGGCGCCCUUCACGUGGCCUCGAGACCUGACCUCGCCUACAGAGUGGAAACGCAUGCUGGCUACGGAUGGAUGGUGACCAGGUCCUUUGUGGAUGAGGUGUACGACAGGUGGAAAACCGCUGAAAAGGACCAUGACUGGGACAUAUGGUUCAGGAGCACGGAGGUGAGAGGUGGCAGGGAGUGUGUGGUCCCUGAUGUGUCCAGAACCUACCACGCUGGGGCCACCGGAGCUCAUAUCAAUGGUCUCCUUUCACAUAUCUUCUUCACGGCCCAUCCUGUCACCAGCACCACAGAUAUAAAGAUACAGAAUGUGCACAGACUCAUACAGACGGCCUACGAAGAAGACUUGUACCGUGUCCUUGAAGGAGACAACGUUUUGUUCUUAGAUAACGUUAAGCACCCAUGUUCUCGAGACUACGUGCCUAAGAACUUUACGGCUGGCCCAGUUGUCAUUUUCUUUUCCAUGACUGGCAAAGAUCAUCAUCUUGGAUGGAAGAAAAUGGGAGCAUGCCUAGGAGUGUGGAAUUUGGAUACUCGAUCCCAUCAUCGAGGGUUGUUCCGACUUACAUAUUACAGCACUGAGCUUUACUUGAUCGGCUACCCUUACAGUGAUUACAGUUACAUACGUGGCUGGUGGACACAUGUGGUCAUUGAACCAGGACCACGGGAAGAGGUGUUGUUAGGUGAGCGAACCAUCGAGAACCGUGCCAGGUACAGACUCCCUCACCUUGAACACCUGGCACCUUACCUGGUUGUUGAAGGAAGAAGGGAAGAUGCUGAAUUUGUUUCUCGCUAAAAAGAAUGACUAAUACAAUCAGUUACAACAUGCAUUUGGCUUAAAACAAGUCAUGAAAAAAAGUGAUUUCGCUCGGCUUUGCAGCAGCUUUAUCAAGUUUUCCAGGUUUGGAUAUUUUCGGAAAUAAAGAAGCGAGCCCAACGUGUUAGUCUUUACCUUACUGUAGUUAU